AUGACGUCAUUGUUUACAGACCCAGCAUUCCUAGCGCAGCUACUAGCCGUGCAUUAUGCUUAUUCAGCAUUAAUGAAAGUCGGAUGGAUUGUUGGCUCACUGGACAUAAUUGGCAGUCCAGCUAGUUUUAUCCGGAGUUUAGGCCAGGGGAUCGCAGAUUUCUUUUACCUACCCUAUGACGGGCUAACACGAGGGCCAACCGCAUUCGUGACGGGCAUGACACGCGGGAUGUCCUCGUUUAUGUCGCACAUUUCAGCCGGUGCUCUGACAUCAGUGACCAACCUAGCUUCCAGCAUCUCGCGCAACAUGGACAGACUUAGUUUUGACGAACAGUAUGUGAGGUUUCAGGAACAGCAAAGAGCUGAUGGUGCGCCACGGAGAGUUAUCUCGGGUGAGUUGAUCAACAAUCAUUAACCUCAGUGUCGAUGAAUAGUAUAAGGAAGGUGCAAUGAUGUUUUAUGAACUAUCAAAGCGACCUUUAAAACUUGGACUUUUUUUCCAUAGUAGUAGCCUUUCACGCAUAAUUUUCAAACUUCUUGUACAGAGUAUGUAAGAAAUGGAUCAUGCAUAAAAUCAGUCAUGCAUUUGAUAAAUUAUGCGUCAAAGGCUACUAUGGCAAAGAAGUCAAAGUUAAUGUACGUAAGACUUAAUGUACAUCACAUUGUCUGGUACUUUGAUAAUUCGUAAAAUACCUUCUAAAUUUGCACGCAAUUAAUUCAAAUUGAUUCUUAAGGUGGCUUACUACAGUUGUUUAAGCAUGGGACUGGUAACGAAAUAACGUUAUCUUGUCGAGUUGAAAAUUUAUCACGUCAGCAAAAAUUUCAUUUGACCGCGCAAGGUUUGUAAUGCAAUAACUUUUUCCUUCGGUCAAUAUUUCUGAAAUUUUGUAAUUUAAAAGUACUAGUCAUUGCAAUAUACUCAAUUUUCAAAAGACUCUAUAAAACAGUUUUUGUUGAACAAAUUUCUCGUAAUAUCUUGAGAACUGAAUUAAAAACCCGCCCUAAUUUUUUUAUAUAAUCUUCCACAAGAUGAAUUCUUUAAACCUACAAAAUUCCAGAAACUUUGACCGAAGGAAAUUUUAGUCCAAAAUUUGAUCUUUGUCUGCUGUCGCUUAGGUCACGUUGUUACUGUAGCAACACACAAUUUGCUUCUUUCGAACGAUUACGCUUGAAGUAUAAAGAUUACGCAAGUUUCUACUUUCAAAAAAAUCCCCAUUUCACAUAAAUAGCAAAUAUUUUGCAUCAUUGUGAAGACCUUCUUUUUCGCUACUGUUUCUUUACAACUGUAGUGAGCCACCUUAAGUCUCCCAGUUUUGUGUGCAAGCCAUUUUUAAAAUGAUUUUUAAAAACAACCCUCCAGCACUCGAGAAUUUACUUUUUAAAAUAAUUUUAGUGGUAAAGAUACUAGCAGACGCCAAACUAUACCCAUGCAUGCAUGCAUAAAGUUUGACAAAUUUUGAGGAAUUUGCGAACAUGUACCAACUGUUCGCCUUUUUUCAUACACCCUGUAUAGUUUCCUCUUAUUAUUCUCUCAGGAUUCACCCAUGGUUUAUCAGGGUUUAUGCUCAGCGUAUUAGGUGCAGUCGCCGGGGUUGUCGACCAACCCUUGCAGGGGCUCUUUCGAGCAGAAAGCGUCAGCGAUGUGACCAGCGGUUUAAUCGUUUUGUAUAUUUCUGCACGUCUGUUUAUUUCAAAACUCGGAGAAGAAAACUCCUACUGAUCCAGACAAUAUUUCUGAAGAAAUAUUUCUAAAUUUUAAACAAACUGUUAGGAAGUUUGCUUUGAAUUUUAGGUUAACCCUUAGGGUUAAGAUAAUCGGCUUAUGAACACCUGGCCUUCGAUGUCAGCCAUAAGGGUCGAUUUGAGCGGGUUUUGAACUCGGAUCUUCGGGAAUUCUGCCGUUGAUACAUUUUUCUCUACCCUAGGAAACUGCUAGAAUCCAACUCAUCUACAGACAUAUUCGCUGUGACCGUAAGCGUACUGGUCAGUGGCAACUCCCAUUUUGAUGCAACCCUUAUCAUGUCAUGUGAUUCGAUAAUGUUCCUUGAUACGGACGACGAUACGAUAUUGUCAGCGUUCAUCUUGAAACAGGUUGACAUGCGCGACGACCCACAGCACCCACGUGCUAUCAUCGUGGAGCACCACGUGCCCGGCACGGACACAAUAAGCGAGGUGUCAAGCUUUGCCGAUCUCAGCCCUACCAACACAGGCCCGUCUCGUGAUGUGACCAACCGAAGCUCUCGUCAAUCCUUCUCGGAGAACGAGGCAGUGAAUUUGACAUUAUUUAUGGACCCUGUGUACCUCAGGCCUUUGCUAAGCAGAUUCAAAUUGUUGAAAUCGGGUUAUUAGAGAAUGGGUUAUCGUGAAAAUGUCAUGAUGGAAAAAAACACCAAAGUCCGUAAGUCAAUUGAGCUACGAUCUGAAAACUCGACAAAAGAUAGGACCCGUAAAGAUAGGGUCACGAUCUUUCUCAACGACCAGAUUAUAAUAGUUUUUAACUUGUAAACCACAUAUAAAUCAUAAGUAUUCUCUAGUUAUAAUCACUCCGCGUAUUUUCAGUUCUAAACUGUUGUAUUUCGGCUGAUGAGAAAGAUCGUGACCCAAUCUUUACCACCGUUACAACCAGGCUUAACUAAUAUUUCAACGGUAUAGAAUUGAGCGAUUCAUAGGCCAUAUUAUUAAGAAAUGUAGGGCGAAAAUAAGUUCGAGCUAGGAGUAAGUUCGAAAAUAAGUUCGAGCUAUAAGUACCAAUGGCAGGAUCAGAUUGUCUCGCUUCUUUUGCUUACGACUUACUCUGGUAUGUUUAAUUGUCUCUGUUAAUAAUAAUUAUGAAAAAUGGAGUUAAAAUGUUAAUACCAGAAUUAUAAGUUUUAAGAAGGACUGUUUAUAGGAUAGGGACUUACCUUCCUGGAAAUUGUUCGAAAUAAAUGAGGAAAAAUAACAUUUCUUUCAAAACCAGUUGGACCAUUUUGGCAGUUUAAAAUAUAAAGUGCAGACCAUAAUUUAUUUGACCUCAAAAAAAUUGUUCGUCGGCCAUAUUUUUUUUCUCACUUGCGAGCUCUGAUACCAUUGAUUCGACGAGAUGCUUCCUUCACUAUGGUAUAAAUUAAUUGUUUUCAGUUUGCAAAAACAUGAACGAAAGAUCUAACAAAAACAUUUACCGAGUUUUCAAAUCAUAUCUUAAUCGAGUAUUAACAAUGUUGACAUUGUUUUUCAAGCAAAAAACUUGCAGAACGAUAUUUUGAAACGCAGAAUAAUUGUAUAUUUGCCCUUGGCCAUGGGCAAAAAUCCUCCUAAAUAAAUUUAGAAAUAAAUACAUAAAUAAAUAAAUUUUAUAUCCUCCUAUAACCAUGAUUUUGCCCAUUAUUUAACUAUGUAUUGAGCACGGAAUCCUUAAACACUUUGUAAAAGUAUUUUUGAGUUCAAAGAUGCAGCUGGUCUGCGAUUGAAUAAAACGAAAAGUGAUUUGUUGAAAUGUGUAAUACAUGUAUGUUUUGUAUUUUGCUAGUCAGAUUGGGUAAAUACAAUUUUUAGUGAGUAAAAGGUCGGUUAAGUGAA